AUGCCCAAGAGAAAAUCCAGCGACCCGCUCCCGCCGCCCAAGAGGGCCAGAUUAACCCAGCCUCGCGAUACGCUUCACUCCGAGUCAUCACUGACGAAGGAUACACGACGAGAGAAACGCAAGAGGGUCGGACCUCUACCACCAGAUCCUCACGAAGAGCCGAAAAAGAAACGAGCCAGGACGAGCACAGGUCCAAACGACGCAACAACAGAUUCAAACAGCAAAUCCGCAGAGCUAUGGCCGAGCAUCGAAGACGUGUCGGAGGAAGAGGAGGUACCGAGUUUUACCAGCGAAGAAACAACAGCUUCACGCGAGUCAUCUUCUGAUCUAUGGCCGACCAUCCCAUAUGAGCCCAAACCCUCGGAGGAAAUGGAACCGGGAGUCCUGGCCUUCCAGAUAGCAGGCGCGGCUGCGAUGGCGGGUUACGUAUGCGAGUGCGAUUAUCACCACAUGCUCCUUCAACAAUCAAUGCCAAGUCCAGAACCAUCAGACAGCGAUGCGGGCGAACGCGAAGACUUUGGACGCACGAUCGUCGACGAGAUCACCCCCCAGGCCCGACACUCCACCUUGAAGCCACACCCAAUGCCAUCUUCUGGAUUACCAAAAGCGCCUCCGCGCAGAAGGAGAAGUGUAACUCCUUAUCAGCGAAUCGGAAAACGCAGCUCCGUGCCAAUGGAAGAGCCUCGGCAACAAGAGCGCAAAAACAAGAAGAACAAUCGACGCCAGCCACGAAAGGAGACAUAUUCGCCGGCUAUGGAGAACUUUCUACAUUCCAAACGGUCUUCUCGACGAGAUUCCGCAUGCGAGCUGUGGUGUCUCGACGACAGCGGCAAGGCACGGGAAAUUUCAGGCACGAAACGGUGA